AUGGAUAGGUUGAACAAGUAUUUGUCUAGACAAAAAUAUGUAGUUCGUAGGAGCGAAGGUUCUCCAUACAGAAAUUUUCUUUUGUAUGUUGAGGAAAUUUAUCAAGUUACUGUGGUGUACCCUAUUAAAUAUCUUUUUGAUAUUCCUCUAAAAUAUUAUGAAUAUUUCAAGUCCUAUAAAAAGAAAGAUAUAGAUAAUAAAAAUUUAAAACAAUUUUGUAAUAUAAUUAAAGAGCAACAUGAAAUAAAUAAUGAACAACAAAAAUGUUUCUGUUGUUAUUGUCGUCAAGAUGAUAUGGUAUUUCCAUUAUUUUCUCAUUUUAAUUAUAAAAAAGCAAAGUUUAAAUGUAACAAGAAAGAACAAGAAGAGGAUAUAGUUCUGACCUUGUCUUGUUUGAAAAAGAAAGACAAAAUUUUUCAUUCUUUUUUCAUACAACAAAAUUACAACUUUUUUAUGUUAAAUGUUACAUUACAACAAUUUGAUUUGAAUGACGAAUAUUUCAUAAACAUAAAUGAUAAGUCUACUCUAGAAAGAAAAACUUAUCUCCUUGAUUCUUCAAAUUAUGAAAUAGAUGACGAAGUAUUUAAUGUAAAGAUAAAAUUUAAUGUCCAAAAAAAUUACAGAAAUGACGAUAUUGAGGGCAACUACCUUUUUGUGGACUCAAAUAUUUUUAAGGAUAGGAUAAUAUUAGAAGACUCAUUUAAAGAUGGAGAUAUUUUAAAAAAUUCAGUUAUUGUAAAAUCUCAUCAUGUUGAUGAACAUGGACUUACAUGUAACAAAAUAAUUGGUUAUCCGAUUUAUUGGAAUAGAGGAAAAGGAUUGUGUCGAUUAAAAAGAAAUGAAUGUUUUCAUAAACAGGUUUCUACAUUUUUAAAUUUAGAAAAGAAAUUAAGCUCGAAAAAUAAUAUGAGCUAUAAUUAUUCUUUCUUUAUGAUAAGAAAGUUACAUAUGGAUGAAUAUAAUGAGAUAGAUGAAGGUUUUGAAAAAACGAAUGAAUAUAUAUAUAAUAUAAAUAAACUUAAUAAAAUAAAUGAAAUAAUAGAUGAUUAUAAGUAUAAUAAUACGGAUAGAUAUAAAUAUGAUAUUAAGAUUGAUAAUAAUGAGAACUUAUUAGAAUAUAUAAAAAAUAAUUAUUAUAUUGGUUUACAAAAAGAAAGACAUCAUUUUAUAGAUAUAAAAUCACAUAAUGAAGAAAUAUUAAAUAUAUCAUAUGACGAGGAAGGUAUAGGAGAGUCCGUAUCCUUUGUACAUAUAUUAAGUAAUUGUUACAAUUAUAAUAAUGAAAAAAAAAAUAUCUCAUGUAGUAUUUAUAUAAGUAUAUGGAAUGAAGAAGAUAUAGAGAAAGAAAUAAAUGUUUUUAUAAAAUGUAAACAAAGGAUUGUUAAUGAUAUAACACAACUAAAUAAAAAAUUAUUUUUAUGUAAAAAGUGUGAAGAAACUAUUCUUAUAAAAUUUGAACCUAUAUAUAAUAUGUUGCUAGCAUCAUGUCAUGUUUUAAUAACAAAAGAGGAAAGAAAUCUUGAUAUAAAAAAUAUAUAUGAAGAUCCUAAUAUUAGGGGUGCAAAUUAUAAAGAGCAACAUUUUCUUUUUGUUAAAGAUGAAGAAAAUGUAGAGGCAUCGCAUAAUUAUAAAUAUAAAAAAGGAAAAUAUAAAACUUAUGAUUAUGAUGAUGAUAUGGUAAAUAUGGAUCAAAGAGUACAAAAUAAAGAAUAUCAUAAGAUAGAUAAAAUAUAUAAUAAUAAUAAUAAUAAUAAUAAUGAUAAUAUAUACCACAAAAAUGUAUACAUUAUUAAAGAAGUACCUCUUAAAUUCGAUGAACAAUUCUAUAGGCCAAACGAUCAUAACAUAAUGUUAUUAUAUAAUACAAUGAACUUUGUUGAAAAUGUAGAAGAUUAUAUUUUAAGAUAUAAAAGGAAAUUCUUUUUUUUUAUAAACAAAUCAGGGAAUAUUGUAAAAAUAAUUUUAUUCUUAUUCUUAGUUAUUAUAUUAUGUAUUUUUAUAAUACCAAGUUUACCUUUCUGUACAUAUUUUUUUAUUAAAUUAAAAUGGUUUCAUAAACUAAAAACAAUUCGUCUAUUGAUAUUAUGGAAAGUACAAGAUACAUUCACAUUUUUUAAAAAGAUACCCAGGAAAGUAUGGAGAUUCAUAAAAAAAAUUGCAAAAAAAUGUAAACGGGUGCUUUUUAAAAUAUUUAUAAAAUAUAAAAAGGAUCAAGAACUUAUUGAUCAAGAAUAUAAAGAAAAAUUACAAAGAAAAAGAAAAAAAGAAAGAAAAAAAAAACAAAUCAGAAAAAAAUAUCAACUUCAAAAAAAGGAGAAGGAAAUUUUGAGAAAAAAAAGAUAUAAAAAGUUGAUUGAAAAUGAAAAAAUAUUUCAAAAGGAAAUGAAAAAAGAAUUAAUGCAUAAAAGAAAUAAUAAAAUAAAACACGAAAACAAACAUGAAGAAAAUUAUUAUAUAAACAACAAAAAUGAUCAUACAUAUGGUCAUAAAAGUAAAACGCAGAAACAUUAUAAAAAAUAUCAUGAUAAAUAUGAAGAUAAAUAUCAUCAUAAAUAUCAUAAGAAAGAACCAAAACAAAAAAAUAUAUAUAAUCAUUUAAAUAAUCCUCAUAAUCCAUCAUAUAACGAUUUAGAAAAAAAUCAAUCAUUAACUUCAAACACAAAUUCUUCUCAAGAAUAUUAUGAAAAGAAAAAAUAUGAAAAUACUCUUUCAUCUGCUGAACAUAUAAAUAUAAAAAACACUCAUCAUAAAAGUAAAUUAAAUACUUUUAAUAAUAAAAACACAUAUGAUAACCAAUAUAUUAAAAAAGAACCAUAUGAUAAGGAUAAUAUAUAUUCUGAUUUCUAUGCUAUAAAAAACAAUGACCAACAAAGUAUUCUCCAAGAAAAAAAGAAAAAUAGAAGAAGCAUAUCCAACAUAUCAAAAAUUUAUAAAAAUAAUGAUACCAUACAACUAUCUAAUAAGGAUAGUAAAACUAGUAGAAAAGAUCUUUUACCAUAA